AGCAUGGCGGCGCCCAGUUGGGGCGCGUUCGUUCGCGCCGAGUUGGGGCCGGGGCGGGGUUCGGGGCUUUAGGCAGGGAGUAUUUAGUGUCACAAUGUUUGGGGACCUGUUUGAAGAGGAUUAUUCCAGUGUGUCAGAUAAUCAGUAUGGAAAAGGGAAGAAGUCACAGACCCCAGCUUUGGAACCACCUGCCCCUAGAGAAUCCACCAAUUUAAGUGGAAUCAGAAAUCAGGGUGGAACCUGCUACCUCAAUUCCCUUCUCCAGACUCUUCACUUCACACCUGAAUUCAGAGAAGCUUUAUUUUCUCUUGGUCCAGAAGAGCUUGGUUCUUUAGAAGAUAAGGAUAAGCCUGAUGCAAAGGUCCGGAUCAUCCCAUUGCAGCUGCAACGGCUGUUCGCUCAGCUGCUACUCCUGGACCAGGAGGCGGCAUCCACCGCGGACCUCACCGACAGCUUCGGCUGGACCGGCAAUGAGGAAAUGCGGCAACACGACGUGCAGGAACUGAACCGGAUCCUCUUCAGUGCUCUGGAGACGUCUUUAGUCGGGACGUCUGGCCACGACCUCAUCAAUCGUCUGUAUCACGGAACCAUCGUGAACCAGGUCGUCUGUAAAGAGUGUCAGAACGUCAGCGAGAAGCAGGAGGACUUCUUAGAUCUAACGGUAGCGGUCAAAAACGUCUCGGGUCUGGAAGACGCGCUCUGGAACAUGUAUGUGGAAGAGGAGGUCUUCGAGGAUGACAACCUGUACCAGUGUGGUGCCUGUGACAGGCUGGUCAGCGCGGCAAAGUCAGCCAAGUUACGCAAGCUGCCGCCCUUUCUGACGGUUUCCUUGCUGCGGUUCAGUUUUGACUUUGUCAAGUGUGAGCGCUACAAGGAGACCAGCUGUCACACCUUCCCUCUCCGGAUCAACCUCAAGCCCUUUUGUGAACAGAGUGAAUUGGAUGAUGUAGAGUAUCUGUAUGAUCUCUUCUCGGUUAUUAUACACAAAGGUGGUUGCUAUGGAGGACAUUAUCAUGUGUAUAUUAAAGAUGUAGAUCAUUUGGGAAAUUGGCAAUUUCAAGAAGAAAAAAGCAAGCCAGAUGUGAAUUUGGAAGGUGAAUUCCAGAAUGAUGACGAGAGUGCAGACCCGUUGAGGAUUCUAAGAGCAAUAUUACUGGAGGAGGAAAGUAAUCAAAUUCCUGUUGACCAGCUGGGCCAGAGACUCUUGAAGAAGAUAGGCGUAUCUUGGAACCAGAAGUUCCGGAAGCAGUGCGGCUCCCUGAGGAAGUUCUUACAGCUGCAUCCACAGGAGUUUCAGCUCAGUUCCGAUGAAAAUACUGUCAGUCUGUUGAGCUGUGGGCCCCAGGCCGAGUCUGCGUCCCGAAGGAGCGACCAGCCUGGUCUCAGGACACUCCCUUCAGAUCCCCCAGCGGCGGGCGACCCAGCCUCCUGCCCCCACUGGUUUGAUAUCAACGACUCCAAAGUGCAGCCGAUCGCGGAGAAGGACAUCGAGCAGCAGUUCCAGGGGAAGGAGAGCGCCUACAUGCUGUUCUACCGGAAGUCCCAGUUGCAGCGGCCACCUGAAGCUCUCGCCAACCCGCGCUACGGGGUCCCCGGUCACUUGCUGAGAGAGAUGGACGCAGCCAACAUGGAGCUGCGGACCAGAAGGGCACAGUGCAACUCCACAAGCAACAGCUUUGAGCUGCAUCUCCACCUUGGCCCCCACUAUCAUUUCUCCAACGGCGCCCUGCACCCCGUCACCUCGCAAGCAGAGAGCGUGUGGGAUCUGACCUACGACAGGGGGAGGACCUUGGGGGACCUCCGGCAGUCCAUCUUCCAGCUGCUGGAGUUCUGGGAAGGAGAUAUGGUUCUGAGUGUCGCCAAGCGUGUGCCCGCGGGCCUCCACGUCUACGAGACCCUGACUGGAGACAGCCUGACUCUGAACGAUGCGGGGAUUGACGACGGGGAGGACAUCUUCGUCUGGAAUGGAGCGCAGGUGGGCGGAGUCCCCAUCGCCACCGGCAGCGAGAGUGAGCCGCUCCUCCUGAAUGUCCUGCGUCCAGCCCCUGGCGGGGAAGGGGCCGAGGGCCAGCAGCUGGUGGAGUCCACGCUCGUCUUCCCGUCCAACGCGGACGUGGGUGCCGUGCUCGCGGCCUGCGCCCUCCCGCAGGGCGUCGUCUCCAUCAGCAGCACGGAGCCUGCGGGCCCAGAGAGCUGGACCACCGUCCCCAAGGAGGACACGCACAGGACACUCCGAGAACUCGGGCUCUGCAACGGGAGCUCCAUCUCCAUCCGGGACUCCGAGUCUGGCGGCGGCAGCCCACUGUCCGGGCACAGGAAGUGGACGGCGCCGACGGGUGAGGGCAGCUGGCUGCAGGUGGUGAAUCUGUGCCCGGUAGAGUCGGGAGAGAAGCAAGUGAGAAUCCCCGCGGCCGUGAACACAGUGGUGUUUGAUAUUCGAAUUAAAGCCAUAAAGGAAUUAAAAUUAAUGAAGGACCUAGCCGACAGCAGCUGUCUGAGGCCUAUUGAUAGGAACGGGAGGCUUCUCUGCCCAGUGCCCGACGUGUCCACAGUGAGCGGAGCAGAGCUGAAACUGGGGAGCUCACUGGGGCUGUGCCCUGGGGCGGCGCCCACUUCCUCACAGCUCUUCCUGUUCUUCGCCGUGGGGAGUGACGUGCAGCCCGGGUCCGAGAUGGAGGUCAUCGUGGAGGAGACCGAGUCCGUGAGGAACUGUUUAAAGAUAAUGCUGGAGAAAUCCGGCCUUCAAGGAGACACGUGGCAUUUACGAAAAAUGGAUUGGUGCUAUGAAGCCGGAGAGCCGUUAACGGACGAGGACGCAAUGCUGAGAGAGCUGGCCGUGCGCUCCGGGGACACUCUGCUCUUAAUGGAAGGGAAGCUCCCGCCGCCGGGGUUCCUGAAGGUGCCCAUCUGGUGGUACCAACCUCGGGGGCCCUCGGCUCACUGGAGGCGGCAUCCAGAGCCUGCGAGCUGCCUGUCGUCCCCGGACGCCCAAGGCGACAGUCCCCUCCUCUACCUGGGUGACGUGGAGCUCUCCGAGGAUGCCACGCUGCUCGACCUCAAGGCCCAGGCCAUGACCCUGCCCUCCUUCUGGGAGUUCGUCGUCCCGUCCCCGGCCUGCCUGAGGGCCUGGACGGUGGAAGGCAGACGGCCCGGCCGGCUCCUGCGCCGCGGCCAGCAGCCGCUCAGGGAAUAUAAGCUGGGAAGGAAAACUGAGAUCUGCUUGGAGCCGCUUGAGAGAGAAGAAAACCUGGGCCCACAGGACGUGCUGCUCCGGACGCGGAUGCGCCUUCCCGGGGAGCGCGAGUACGCGCUGUCCGAGGACCUGGUGUGGGACACGGCCCAGGGCUGGACGGCCACCUCCCUCCGGCAGUGUGUCGCCCGCUUCUACGCGCUCCCGGUGGAGAAGACGGAAAUCGCCAAGUACUUCCCCGACAAGUUCGAGUGGCUUCCAGUGAGCAGCUGGAGUCAACAAAGCACCAAGAGGAAAAAGAAGAAGAAGCACAACAGCCUGCAGGGGGCGCCCUACUACCUGAAAGACGGGGACACCAUCGGUAUUAAGAACCUCCUGCUGGAAGACAACGACGAUUUUAGCACCAGCAGAGAUGACGUGGAGAAAGAGAAACAGAAACGGGCUGAGGGGCGCAGGGAGAGACCGGCGGCCCUGCGCGCACCGAGUGGCGACAUCUUCUCCGAGGCCCAGGCGGCGCGGCCUCACGGGCCUGAGGCUUCUCUGUCCAUCCACGUCGGGACCUUCAGAUAGCAUCACAGCCGCCGUCCCUGGGGCGCUGCCUCCCGAGGAGGGGCUCCCGUGGCGGCUCUCACCCGUGCCACGCCCGCAGCGGUGCACACCAGCACCCGGUCUCGUGCAGACACGCGGACACAGCACUCGGCCUCCCACCAGACUCGGCGCGGGGUGGUGGGAACGGACAGGACCCAGGGCCGUGCCCACUGCCGUCUCCCGGCUCCGUCGGGGCGGCCUGCACUAUUGGUGACACCGAGCACAUUCGGUGGCUGCUCCAGGCCGCACCCGGACACUGCAGGACACUGCAGGCCUGGGGGCGGGUUCGCCUGCAGUCAGGGGGCGCCUAGCCCAGGUGGGCACCGCCCACGGCACUAACCCGCACGCAGGAGCCGUGAGGGCGCGGGAGGCGGGUCCGGGCUCCGUAGGCCCUCGCUGCUGGCCUGUCUGGACAGCCUUGGCCCAGG